AUGGUAAAGAUUCUUGCGAAUGGCGACAUCGUUCCUGAUGGAGACCCACGAGCACAGGCUUCCGUAACACAGCGGCGCCCGCCCGCAGCGAAAGCAACGCCCCCUGCCGCUGCCCCCAGCAACACUAGCAGUGCGGGUGGGUUUGUCGACAAUGGGGAGAAUGUCAUUGUUGGCGACCUGGCAAGAGCAGUCGGCAUCUACGGUAAGACCGUAAAGGUCAUGGAACGAGACGUGCCUUUGAUCUACAUACUGGUUGCUGGAAUACUGGCUCUGCUCUGGAUCAGUGGCAACACUAAUGCCAUCCGGAUGGCAGUCUUUGCGUUCAUGCUCUAUGUGAUGUAUACCCAAUACACCAAGGCACAGCGAGGAGGAUCAGCAGGGGGUCAGCCGCCAGAUGACAACAGUAGUGGUGGCCACGUCAUAAAUCGCGGACGGCCCAGAUAG